AGCUAAGUUACGAGCUUGGCAAGGAUCGCGGCGUGCGAGACGCAGCACUGCGUUCACACACCGCCAACACUCGUAUUAUUCAUCGUCCAAGCCACCGCACUGCUUCACGUAGCCGCAACGCCAUCCGUGCGACCGCAUAGCAGCACAGCCGUAGUGCAAUCCAGCCCUAGAGCUGCGCAUAGCAGCGCAAGAGCUGCACACAGAUGGCGCGACGAAUCACGCUCGCGCUCUGCGCACUAACAACGGCAUUCCAAACGCCGCCGCGGCAACCCUCAAAGACGAGACUCCGCGCCACCACAACAACCGAGUGGGACCUCAGCCUCUUCUCCCCGGCCAAGAUCAACCUCUUCCUCCGCAUCAUAAAGAAGCGCGACGACGGCUUCCACGAGCUCGCGUCGCUCUUCCAGGCCAUCGACCUUGGCGACGUCCUCUCGUUCCAAAAACUAUCAACAAAUGAUGAGGACAUUCUCGAGUGCGAGACGGAGGGCAUGCCCCUCGACGCCACGAAUUUGGUGCUGAGGGCCGUCUCAUUAUUGAGAGAGAAGUGCCCCUCGGGCACAAUUCCAGGCUUCCGGAUCCUACUAGAGAAACGAACUCCCAUGCAAGCGGGCCUGGGCGGUGGCUCGUCGAACGCCGCCGCCGCUUUAUAUGGUGUGAAUGAAUUGUGCGGCCGACCGGCGACGCAACAACAGCUCAUUGAUUGGAGCGGAGCUCUGGGAAGCGACAUCACGUUUUUCUUGGGACCGACCGGGAGCGCGUAUUGCACGGGACGAGGGGAAAUCUUGGAGCCCGUCGACGCGCUGCCGACGACCUACAAGCACCUCUUCGUCAUCAAGCCCUACAGGGGUCUGUCGACGCCGCUCGUGUUCAAGACGUUGGCUGCGUCGGAGUACUCAACUUUAAGGAGAGAUGCGGACCCACGCACACUAUUAGAAUCUUUUGGAGACGGCUCGCGCGCGGCGCCUCUGAGCGACUACGUGAACGACCUCGAGCCUCCCGCUUUUGAGUGCGAGCCGGUGCUAGCACAAAUCAAAGAUAGGUUAUUGGACAAGUACGGCUUCCACGCGGCGAUGAUGAGCGGGAGCGGCACAUCUUUAUUCGCCGUGGCGACGGGGAAUGAAGUGGAUGCCGAUGCGUUUCCCGCGGCGUUCGUGGAGGAGUGCAAAAAUGAAUUGGACGUCGACGUGGACGUCUGGCCGACGCGGUUUCUAGGAAGAGACGCGGGGGAGUGGUACGCGAAGUAAGGAGGGUUAGUCA